AACAAACAAGCCAUAUACUGAGUUCAAAAAUCUCUAUAUAUUGAACAAUUUUCCUUGCUAGGUGGUCACUCAGAGGUAGCAGACAAAAUGAAGAGUUUUUUGUUGUGGCGUGUGGCCAUUGUGGAAAAAAAUAGACCCUAUGUUGCAAUGUUGUUCAUUCAGUUUGUGUAUGCUGGAAUGGCCUUGCUUUCCAAGGCUGCAAUUUCCAAGGGAAUGAGCCCUUAUGUGUUUGUUGUUUAUAGACAAGCCUUUGCAUCAGUUGCUCUAUCUCCAUUUGCUUUCUUUGACAGCAAGCAACCAGCUCCUUUGUCAUGCAACUUGUUGUGCAAAUUGUUUCUAGUUUCCCUUGUUGGGUUAACUGCAAGUUCAAACCUUUACUAUGUUUCAAUCAACUACACCACUGCAACAUUUGCUGCAGCCGCCACAAAUACUGUCCCUGCCAUUACUUUCAUCAUGGCUGUUUUAAUUAGGAUGGAAAGCAUUUCCAUAAAACGUGUGCAUGGAUUGGCCAAGAUUUUGGGGUCCGUUCUAAGCCUUGCUGGGGCAAUAACAUUUGCUUUAGUUAAAGGACCUCACCUGGGUUUCAUGAAAUGGUAUCCAGAAAAUCAGAACCAUAGUUCUCACCCUUUAACAAUUGUGCACUCCAAAGGUGAUACUAUUAGAGGCUCUCUUUUGAUGCUCUCAGGUAACACUGCAUGGUCCUUGUGGCUUAUCUUGCAGGGAUUUGUUGUGAAGCAGUACCCAGCAAAAUUUCGCCUCACUGCUAUACAAUGCUUGUUUAGCUUCAUGCAGUCUACUGUUGUGGCUGUUGCAGUAGAGAGGAAUAAUCCUUCAGCAUGGAGGCUUGGAUGGGAUAUUCAUCUUCUUUCUGUGGCUUACUGUGGUGUAAUUGUAACAGGCAUUUGUUAUUGGCUGCAAGUCUGCACAAUAGAGACUAAAGGCCCGGUUUUCACAGCAAUGUUCACCCCUCUAGCUCUUAUAAUCACAGCAAUAUUCUCAGCACUUUUGUGGAAAGAAACACUUUACUUGGGAAGUGUUGGUGGCACUGUUUUACUAGUGGUUGGACUCUACAGUGUCCUUUGGGGGAAGAUCAAGGAGAGUGUAAAGGAGGGUGUAAAAGGAGAAAACCUAGAAGUUGAAGAAACAAAAGAGGAACCCAGAUUGGAGUGCAUUGUACAGCAUUGAUUAGACUAAAAUUCUGCAAAAGACUGUAUGAUCCCACUUAAAAUUUAGCAAAAGAUGUCCCUACAAGUUGAAUGUCCUAUUUCUUAAUUAUGCAUCUUUGUAUUAUGUGUAUAUCUUAUUAUCUUUUAAUCAGACGUAUUUUUUCUUUUUUA